CUGGAGUUACAGUUCAAAAGUCUCUACUGCGUUUAGUUGGGGAGUAUACCUGAGAAGCUGCGUUCCUUGACUGAAGUGCUGGAAAAGAAAGAAAAGAGACUAUGGAUAACCUUCACUUGAGUGUCGUAGCUGUGGUCCUUUACUUUAACAUUCCUGGAUCAGUGGGAACCAAGUCACAGCAGCUUCUUAAUGCACAUCACCAUUCAGACUGCCGGUGGGAUGGGAAGUUCUCAGUGAAUUGCUCUUUUACUGGACUAUCUGCUAUUCCAGAAGAUAUAUCACAAACAGCAAUAACAGCUGAUUUAAGCUACAACAACAUUACAACUUUACUGCACACCACCGGGAGAAAUGAAGACUGGAUGCUAAAACAUCUGAAUCUCAGUAACAACCUGAUUUCUGAACUCUCCGUAACUGCUUUUAGAAAUUUACCCGUUUUAGAAACUCUAAACCUCAACAGUAAUUCCAUCAACACCCUCACGCUAGACAUCUCUACAGCUGCACGUGCAUCUGACACGUAUGGAAAAGUCCAUCACUUCCUGCCUGCUUUGAAAGUGUUGUCGGCUGAAAGAAAUUAUCUCGAUGCAGUUCCAAGAGGGCUAGGCCUGCUGCGAUCCUUGCAGUCUGUCCGUCUGUCGUUCAACGGCAUACUGCGGAUUGACCGGAAUGACUUUCAGAACUGCUCACAGCUGAGAACUAUCUACCUACAGAACAACAGGAUAGCUACCAUUCAUCCGGAUGCCUUCCAGGGUCUCAACAACUUACAGGUUGUGGAUCUCCGUGACAAUGCUCUGACAACUGUCCUGCCUCAGAUAAUACUCCAUUUGAACAUCUUUCAACUUGAAGUGGAUUUGUCACGUAAUUCCUGGAUAUUUAACUGCAGACUGAACGCUUUCAAGCAUUUAAUUCCUUUUCUUUCUGACUCCAUGAGGAAAACAUUGAGUACUUCACACAGUAAAUCUGCCACCAACUCGCAGAAACCUGUACUGUACCUUUCCCGUUUCCAUUUGAACUGCAGUGAGGGCAUUUUGUUCAAGACAGCUGCAAUCCCAGCGGGGCAGACAUCGGUGCUACGCUGUGACAUGGGUAACACAGGGGGUAAUCGAGUCUCUUGGUGGACACCUAAAGGCAGGAUUUCAGAGGAAAGUAGUCUUCCUCACGUGACACUGGAUAAAAGGAGCAGUUUAGUAAUACACAAUGCCGAAAAAACUGCUGAAGGACUGUAUGUGUGUAUUUUUAAUACAACAAAGCAGAAGUACCUCAUCUACAACGUACAGGUGAAAGAACGGGUUUCAACAUCUUUGGUUAGAAAAACCCGGGACGCUAACCCUGUUUUUAGACAAGAAAGAACAAAGCAAGACCUUACCCUGGCCAUCUGCCUCUCCGUGUUCAUUACGUUUUUUUGCGCCUUUUGCCUGGGCGUUUUUGCUAGACCCUACCUUGCGCACCUGUGGAUGUACAUGCGCAGAAACAAAAGUACAGGUUCAGAACAUACUUACUGCAAUGAAGCUUUUUCAGACGAAACCCUGAGCAGAGCACGCUAUGCAAGCCAACCCCCAAACAGGCAGCAAAACCUGUCCGCUAUUUAUGAGAAUUCUUCCAGACGCACACGCACUGUUCCUACAGACACGGAUCAUUUGUAUGCGUGUGUCACUGACACCAUGGUGCACACACCGAAUGCUGAGGAGUACCCAAACCAAAACAGUAAGAUUAACGUGAAGAAAGACCCGCUGUUUUCAGACAUCCAAGCUAAUUCCAGCAAUUCUGAAUACAUGAACUUCGGGCAACCUUCUGCAAGGACAGAUAACAAAGAAAUAACACCAAGGAACUUAAUAAGCAAUGACACUUCAUUAUGGGAACGUUCACAACAUGCAAAUUCUGAAGACUUAGAGAAGAGCAGGUUCCCUCCCAUACCCAGCAGAACGAAUGACAACAUUUACUCGAUUCACAUUGACUCUUCAGAUUCAGAUUUAUCCUACGCAAGAGAAACUGGCAUUCCACUUCCCAGAGGACAAUCCCACACAAGUGCACAGGAUUCUAGGAACAGCAAGGUGGGAAACAACGCUGAGCAGCUGCAGUCUGAAAUUACAGAGCCCGCACCAGACUCUCCUUUAAAAAAAGGUAUUGUUUCACAUAAUGAACACCUAAGCACGGCAAAACUUAGGCCUGGAAGGGAAAGAUGUGAUGAAGAACUUGGUCUAAAUGGCAAUAUAAAUAUAACCAGUGAUGCAGGAGAAUGUACUUUAUCUAGGAACUGUACGAGAGAUACAAAGACUGAGGAUUUAAGUGACUUCCGAAAAAUAGAAAACUCUCCUCAUGCACAGUACGACUGCACAAUAGAAACUACUAAUGAACGAGGUAACUUAGCAGAUUUCUUCGGUGACAGCUCCUCAGAUGAAGGGACUGCAUUCACAAUGAGUGAUGGGAGCUCCUUAGAAGAUUUUGAACUGGAACAACCUGGUGCUAGCAGCAGCUUGCCGGCCCCUCAGCCUUCACUAGAGAAAGCUGAUACUGACAAUGGAAGUGAUUAUUGCUCAGCACUGCCGGAGCAUCCAAACAUUGCUGCUAAACUUCAGCAUGCUGGAAAAAAUGAAGACAAGCACAAUGUAGAUCUCGAAAACACUACUGAUGGGGUCAGAUACUAUCAACUACUACGUCACUACUAUGGGUCAGAUACUAUCACACCUGAAGCAGCAUCCCCUGACACUGAUAAGUGUAGCGAUCGUGUAAACAUGUCAGAUUCAGACUCAAUUAGUUCAAGUCAAAAAGCUUCUGAAACAUUUGACUAUUCUACCAAUGAAGAGUCAACAGUACAAAACUCUAUUUCAGAUUCUCCCCACAAACAUGAUGCAGACUUUAGUAAUGCGUCACUCUUAUUGAAACCUUUUCCUGUGUAUGCAAGAGAUACAGAAAAUACUCCUGAGGAUGCUGACUUGCAGCUGCAGUUCCCCAUUCGACCACAGCAUUUCCUCAGAUCCAGUCCCACUGAACAGAAAGAGCAUGCACCAGAGGUAAGCACAGAAGAGCUCACGGAUGGGAGUUCCUCCGAAAGUGAUCGUGAUGAAGGGGACGUUACAUUAAGACAAAACAGCAGUACAUCCGAGAAUAAUUAUUUUACUUUUACUCCCAUUGAUGUUGGUUUGAAUCAAACUGUUAAAAAAGCACCACUACGGCAUGCCAGCAUAGGCAGCAAUGAAUCACCUCUUCAAUCCCCGCUGGAAGACAGAACUGAAAAACCUUUUAAGUUUAUCAGUGAGAAAGAAGACUCAUUAGCACAGGGCGAGCAUGGGAACAGAACUAAGACUUGGGGAGAUAAAAUGCAAAGAAGUUUUAAUGAAGAAGAACAUGAUGAACACAUAGAAUUACAGGACAGCAGCAACUGUAGCUCUCCUGAAGAAAUGCAGCCUCGUAGCGUUUUGGCAGAUUUGCUGCAUAUUGAAUCUUCUAGGAAAACAGAGCCAGCCUUCAACACAGGAAAGUAUUUCCAGUUGGAUCCGAGUGAAGAGAAUGCGUAUUCCUUAUCAGUCCCAUCCAGUUUCUUUAAUGAAAGCCUAUACAGCUCAUUCCCCCAAAAGAGUACAGGGGAUAACUCCAGGAACACUGAUUCCAAUGAGAAGGAGGAUGACACUACUUUGCCAGGACUGAAGAACAAUUAUACAACAGCUGUCAGCCUCCCAAAUGCAAGUGAAAAACUCACUCUAAAGCCUCAGACCAGACAGGGCCAGUUUUUUGCUAAGAAGAAAAGAGCAUUUGAUGGAUUUGCAGUCAUGUUGCAAAGCAGAACAGAGUGCAGUAGUUCAGACACAGAAGUGUAACACUAGGCUCCUGCAGGGUUUUUGUCACACUA